ACUAUCUUGCACACUGUCACUUGACAGUGUACUGGUAGACAUGUUGAGAUCUUUCUGAUAGUAGGUCACGUAUCGAUGUGUUUUGAUUGAUCGAUGACCAUCGGUGGAGAUUUCAAUCUCUAACAUAUUUCUCCAUUUCUUUAGUCCCGAAUUUAUUACGGUGGAGCUACCGAUUGUACGUGAAAAUUUAUCCAAUUGAAACUGUGCUUGGACCAGCGGUCGGCAAUUUCAUGAAGCGGAAAGAUUUUUUUUCUUUCGUUUUUCCAACGAUAAGAGGUCCUGCUACGUGUACCAUUGUGUAUUCAUCGCACGUAUUAAUCACUAGUAAGCAGCCCCCGCAGCAUUCCGCUGGGCAACGCCCACCGCUGACCAAGUUUGGUUCAGCACUGGUGGCUUCAAUGAACCGUUCAACGGAAAAUCACCAACUGGGAAUUGUGUGUUCGUUCGAGCCACAGGAUUUAAAAUGGUUUUGUACGUGAAUUGUGGUUGGAGGCGUGUUGUACAAAGUUCUGAAAGUUUUCGCUUUUCGAAAACUUUUCAAGUUUGUUUUGUCCGUAACAAGAAAUUAGUAAUCGGAAUAGUAAGGCGACGAUAUUUUAAACUCAAGCUAAACUUGAACAGUUAAUGAAUUUUAUCACUGUUUAGUAAGUGCGGAAAACAUUAACCAAUCGUUCCCCCGUUCAUUAACACUUUCUGCAUUGACACCGGUCAUAAACCACUGCCAUCUCCACUCUUUCUUAUCACUUCGCCGUUAGGAAAGCUCGCGUGCGAUUUCCUAGUAAUCAACCGGUAUUAUCGACGGGUUUGUGUCACAUUCAGACUGGUCAUAUUUUUUUCCUGCUCUUUGCGUUCGGAUCCGUUGGAUUUAGCUUCUCUUUCCCUCACAAACCCGAUUCCUCGCUUACAAAACGUCAGCGAGCAGCAUUGCACGUCUGAUAAGCCUUUCGUCUUAUCACUUUGCUUCGAUGGAAUUCCUCUGUUGUCGGGCCGGUCCUCAGAUUAUGCAUGCACUCGCUAACUCCCAGGGAUGAAGUCACGCCCGGACGAUGAUCGUAUUGCGAUGGACGGUACACGGUGAAAGUAAUCACCGCAAAACUGUUAUAUGCGAAUUAUGCCUACUGGUGGCGACUCUGGCUGGCCGGCGAUCGGAAAAGGCGACCGAGCGAGAAGGCAAACGAUUGCGUUACUGCAAUAGUGCGUGUGUUCGUAGUGUUCGGUAACCGCUCGGAACGUUUGAAAAUCAGUCGAAGGCGAGGAAUUCUCCUGGACAGAACUGCCGAAAGUUCCGUUCUGUUUCAAGUGGGUGAAAAUAAACAAACUAAUAAAAUUCGGCACGGACCGUUUGAAGAUCAUGAAAUAAACUGUGGUUAACUCCAGGUUCCAGCCAAAAAAAAGUGUUCCGCCUAAAUGCUCCUGUGUUUGUUUGUGUUUCUGUGGAAAAUGAUAAAAAAUAUGUCCACCAUAUCGGCAACGGUUCAGCAGGAGCAACAGCUGGAACUACUCAAACAGCAGUUGAUCGAACAUCAGCGGCGAAAGUUGAGCCACCUACAGAAGGUGCGGCAGCAACAGUCGCAAUCAGUGAAACAACAACAACAACAGCAGCAGCAGCAACAGAAUCAUUAUCAGAAACUAAGAAAAUUGUGCCGCGAUAAGACCGCGGCAACUAAGGAGAACUUUCUGCUGCAUAAAUUUCUGUUUGGUGCGGACUCGAUUCCGGAGAAUGGUGUAGUGAUUAGUGGUGUUCGUGAUCAGCAAGGAAUUACGACCGAGGGCGAGAAAAUGAGUCAUUUGAGCGAACAAGACCUUAAAUUCCUUCGUAUGUCAGAGCAUCAAAAGUCACAGAACGGGAAGUUUGUGUUGCCGCAGCAGAAUCAGUCUCUCCUAAACCAUCAACAUCAUCGUCAUCAUCAGCGCCAACAGCAGCAGCAGCAAGCUCCUUCAUUAGGCAGCAGUAACAAUCAUCAAACGCCGCGUCGCUAUCUACAGCAGUCUCAAUCCCAGCAGAACUCGCCCCUCCGACGUCCAUUGACUUCCAACGCAAACUUCUGGUCCAACAAUAAUAAUAACAACAACAACAACAAUAAUGGAAAUGUACCACAAACAACACCAACAGGACCGCCAGCUCCCGGUUGCUACCCUGGUGAGCAGCAUCCUGCCGACGGUGUUGAUCUAAGCGAGGAGAAUCUCAAAAGCAACGUACAGAUUGUACUGGACAAUAUCAAUCGAAACUAUCAUGCCCUGCGGGAGCAGAUUCUGAGCAAUCAUCUUGUUAGGAAUAACAACAUCAUCAACAAUAAUAAUACUAAUAAUAACAAUAAUAGAAACAACAACAGCAACUGCAGCGACGGCUUCGGUAAUCAUCAGGCUAAUUUAGUGCUGCUGCAGCGGCUGCAGAGUGUGAGUCAGCAGUUGAAGAAAGAAGGAGCAAAGAUGGCUAGUCCCGAUUCGGAUACAAACUGUAAUCCGUACAUGCUGGCGCCACCACCGCUCAGCUGCUCGAUCGCUUCGUCGCAGGACUUUAGCCACGAUUAUUCCGACUAUCAGUGGUUUAUGGAUUACGGCUACCGAGAUGGCAUCACACACCAGAGCAUCCUGUCGGCACUAUCCGCUUCCUAUAACGGCAUCGGCGAGCUGUCCUACUACGAAGAUCUGGCGAAGAACAUCGACGCUAACCUGGCCGAGGUGGAUAUGGAAAGCUUCCGCACGGAGGACAUCCAUUCACUGUUGACCACGUUGCCGACGAUGUGCAGCGAGAGUGCCGAAUUGCGGCGGGCCAGAAACAAUAACCGGGGGGAACUGAUCGGAUCGCGGGGAGCGGAUGGCAGUGGUACCGCCGGAACGGGUGCGGAUAUGGAUAACUCGAUCUGCAAAUCGGAACUGCUGUUUUCGCCGGUCAAGGAGUCGCACAUCAGUGUGGAUUCGCUGGACAUGGACGGGUACCCGGAUGAUGAUGAUAUUAUACUGACGUGCCAGGCGAAUAAGAACAAUUACACGAUCGCGUUCGAGCACAGUGUGCUGUACUCGGAUGAAAGUUAUUACGAUGGUCCGGAGAACUACGGGAAAUACAAACUGUCUAAUCUGGAUCAUAUCAUCAGAAGAAAGUCUCAGGAAACGGCAAUGUCUGUUUCGGAGGUCGGGUACACGACCUGGAGUAAGCUCCGAAAGAAUGGACCCGUUCAAAGAUUAUCGCUGGCAACGACCAACCCGCUGAUCAAUCAGAUCUCCCGCCAUGCACCGACUUGCUUCGUGCGCAAAAGCCUAAGCAUGCCGGAUCUACAAGAGAAGCGUGAUAUGCUAUUAACUGAUGCUGCGUUGGCUGCGGACGCUCAUGACGACCGAUUCGGUAAGGAUUCCCGUCAGCACCACCACCACCAGCAUCAGUUGAAUGUUUCGCAAGCGGCCAGUAAUAAUACAGCGACCUCGGGUGAAUCCUACGGCAAGCAGAUGCGCACGUUGUUGCCUAUGUACCCGGUGCCGACGGAUUUUGGUGGCGAGUGUCCGGUUCCGCUGAAGGAUUCUAGCUUGAACAACAACGAGGAGCAGGCACCAAACCAGCCCUCCUUCAAUCUGGUCAAGCUGUUCAUCAAGCAGAAAAGCAGCUCAACCGACACCUGCAUGGACGUUUCGUCCGGCUGUUGGCCCAGCGAUUCCACCAACAGUGCAUCCGGCGGAGAAAAUAAUAAUAACAGCAACACGAACCUGGCAGUGACCAGCUGUAAGGAUCGUACCCGGAAGAAGAGCAUGAACGAUUCGGGCAAAUGCUCUACUCUGGGACGACACGAGGAGGAGGACUUCCAGUUCGAUAGUCUGGAUGCACAAAUCAAUAAUAACAACAACAAUAAUAAUAACAACACCGGAACCGUCGACUCAAUGGCGGCUGAACAGGACGGACGGAUCAAGCUGAAUGAUUUCAAUUCUCCGGUUCACAAGCGAAACUAUAAGGCUUACAAUCUGAACAUUGCCAAUAAGAACCUGCCGGCCGUCAAUCCGGUAGUGUACAAUCUUAUGAACAACAACAGCGGAAGUGUCAGCACCAGUAUUACCAAUAAUAAUAACAACAACAACAACACCAACAAUAGCUUUAAGGACACCAACUCGGAUGCUAGUCGUACGUCGGAGAAUCUGACGCAAAUUUUCAACAACAGUGGCAAUAACAACGGCAACGGAUCAAAGACAAAGAUUCCAAUCGAGAUGAUUACCAAAUCGAUGCAGACAUCCUUCAUCGGGGCAUCCAAGGAGAAGAUACGAGUGAUUCCACCCUCCUUCUUGGAUCGGCUGAACAAGCUUGGCGACAAGCAAAAGGCUCCCGUUUUCGUGGUGUACCCCAACUAUGUCCUACCGGAUCUGGGCUUCCUAAACGCGCAAAACGAUGUCGUUAUUUCGCCGAUCGCUUUCAAAGAACACUACGCCCAGCGUACGCAGCUGCGUAAGCCACGUCCCGUUUCGAUGAACGACAUCGAGAACAUGAAAGCGAAAGAGUACAAACACGUGCUGGACUGGAAGUCGUUGAUUACGCUGCUGCCGCAAGAAUACCGCAAGCUGCUGAGAAACGUCCCGGAAGCGAACGUGUUCGGUUCGGCUGAGGAUGCACCCCCUCAGAAGCCACUCUUCUGCAUGACCCCACCACUGAGACGUGGCCGGGGAGUGACCUGUGAUUGUGUGAAUAUUUUGAAUACUCAGACAUAUAAUAGUUCAAGUUCGGGAGGUAGUUCUAGUCAGCCACCGAGUUCCGGCUACCGUGGUUCAUCUACAAUGUUGACUGAUUCGGAGAUGGAUCUGCUGGGUCCGAAUGCGGGAAGUGGUGGUUUCAGUAACAAUCUUUAUGUAUACCAAUAUGAUAGUCCAGCGGAGGUUGCCUCUGCGGAAAGGCCACCUUCCGGUCGAGUAGCCCCGAAGGGCAUACUCAGGAGAGCGACCCCUCAGAGGCCUCCUACUAAAGCUAAGCGAAACAGUAUGUUUGAAGAGAAUCAGAAGGCUAAAGCAAAUGUCGAGAAACGACGAUCCCUGCAGGAACCAUGUUACAAUUUCUCCGAGGAGAAUUUGAUUCUGGAGGAUUCGAUUAACGAAUUAUCGGCCGGGGGAUUGAAAAAAGUUAAUAAUUCGCCGAACAUGUCGCAGCACCAAACCCGUCUUCCGAAUACUCCCAAACUUCCGUCGGCCGACGAUUACCAUCGGUUGAACAAGCUGAACGAAUUGAAUGAUCUCGAACUGAAUAAGGCUGUCAGUAACAAGUUGAGCCGGGCCCAGCAACAGCAGACGCUCGAGGACGAUUUGGAAGCUCGUCUUCGUGCGGAGCAUUUCCUUUCUAACGUUCCCAAAUCUGAACUGAAGCAUUACGCUGAACUGGCCUAUGUGCUGGAAUCAACAACCGCUGAGAAAGCAACCGGAGCCUUGGAGGAAAUCUACGAUCGGACCAGGCUAAGGCAUGAGGUGAGCCGAGCACUAUCGCAGCGAAAGAAUGUUUCGUUCAACCAAACCCCUCCGGUCAAUACGACCCCGGUUCGGCAACAACAACAGCAACUGCUCCGGCCAACGGAUAUCAAGUUCUCGACACCUCCCAAUUCGCCAAACAUGUCGGUUACGGUGGCACAGAAACCACCGCAAAAGCCACUCGUGUCACCUACCAGUGCGGAACGCGAGAAGCAGGACAAGAUCCAGUCCAAUCGAUUCAAGCGGCUACAGAUUCAGUGGGAGUUGCUCAGCAAGGAAAGUCAACAGUUGAAGCAGGAUUUGCAGCAUCCUCGAAGCGGUGGCAAUACCCCAACAACGGCAAUGAAGUCGAAGAUUCCCAGGCCGGUGAGCUAUCCGACAACGAGGGCAAACUCAGAUCCGGUGGUGAGCAAAACUUUGCGAUCACCGAGUCGAAUUGUGCCGCCGAAAAGAUAUACCGGGGGAUCAACGGCAAAUGUUGCGACGGCAUCGCCUCAGCAACAUCACCAUCACACGGUUACAUCGCCACCCACUCCGGCGCCCCGAACUCCAAUCAAGCUGCUUCAUACGACACCGAAGAAGACCGCUGCCGCCGUCAGUACGCCAAGGCCAGCAACCCGUACACGGAUGCCACUAGGUCCGGAUGAAAGCCAAGGUAAACCUAUUGCGACGACAACGGCGACUAGGACGAUGACCCCGGCGGCGAGUACAAAACCGACUGCUCCUACCACCGGUAGUAAAGCAAUGAGCACUAAAACGCCAUCUACCACUGCCGGUGGUAAGAAACCGAUAAUGUCUAAGGCAACGACGACUACCAACAGAUUGAAACGUACCCUUCAAAGUCUGAAUCGUCUUGAAAAAAACAUUAAUUCACCAAACCGUAAGUACUAGAGAGAUCCCGCUUUGUUCUGUUGUACAUGGAACGAACGCGAUGGGCUUCUUAGUGAAAGCCUCACAACUGUAUAGUAAGUUUAGAGAAAGUCCAGCAGAGAAAGGUUUAGGGUUAAGCACUUAAAGUUAUCACCCUACCCGCUCUUGAACAGAUACACACAGUCUACUAGUAAUUGUAGUUUAUUCGUGCAUAAGAGAAAAGGUUUUUUUUGUAUAAAGUUAGUUACCGAAAGGAAAAAUCGUACUGAGUAAGCGAACGAAAAAAAAAGUGUUGUACGCAGUUGUGAGUAUCAUCACAUACACACAUUACAUUGAACACCGACAUUCAGCAACACAAUUACACGCACGUAGCCUAUUUAUAUACAGAAACUCGUUGUGUAAUCGCUGUAUAAAUCCUUCUGAUGGAAAAGGGAGUUGCCGGAAGCGACACAUAAAAAGAUGUGAAUAUUUUCUGUUGUAUUUUCGUUCCGCUUACAUUCUGUGUAGCUUCUUCAACUAAAAAACUAUUUUUUACUUAUAUUAAAACACUGGAAUAUAAUCAACAAGGUAGUAGUGUGAAUUCAAUACACAUAAAUGUAUAACUUUAUAUAAAUAUAUAUAGAAAUGCUUAGAGGAAAGCAUAGUUGUUAAAUCAAGCCGAGAUAAAAAUUAAUGCUUAUACUCAUCAAUUAAUAUAAAAGCGGAGCAAGGCAAGGAAGUAGAAGCAAGCAUAAUCCAGAACAGCUAAGUCAUUAAAUAUAAGAUAUGUUUAUACUGCAAACAUGGGAAGUCGAUUGCAUUGUAUUGCAAUAUAAUUGAACAGUAAUAGGUUAGAUGUGGACGUGAGGCGCGCGGGAUGAAUAGGAUUAUUUGCAAUAAUAGUAUGCCAGCUAUAUCGGUUUUAAUUUGUUUUGUCUCAUUUCGCUUUUUAUUUUGGGAGCUCUGGCCGUUGAAUGGUAACAUCUGCAAAUGUAACUUUCUGCGGUGCAAACUGCUAUAAUAUGUUGGCGUCCCUGGGAACUGCACAAUGUUGAAAGAUGUCCGUGGUUUGUUUGCUACGUCUAAAGGAAUGCGGACACUUACUUUUGUACACUAGAUCAUUGUGAAUAAUAUUUGUGAAGGUCAAAAUAUUAUGUCGUUUUUCAUUGAAAAACACCGGGACAGUAGAUUGCACUGGUUUUGCACUUUCUAGCAGAAGUGAGAAUGAAAUACGUCUAGUGGUCUGCUCUUCUGCUAGACAAUGCAACACCAGUGCAAUCCACUGUCCCGGGGGUUUUCAAUGAAAAAUCUUAUCGGAAAAAAAUGAAAAUUUAAAGCUUUUCUACUCCCCUAUGUUUUGCUCGUACCUGUUUCCUGUUCAAACCAAGUUUUUUAGCAAAGGUUGCUGGUCAUAUUUUUGUCCAAAUUCGUGGUCCAUUUCCGACAGAGUGAGCAAAAUUCAGCAUCGAUAGAACGGCAUUCUUGUUUUUCCUUGUUGACUUUAAAGUAGAUUGGAUAGUAUUCUCAAACUACGCUGAACACCUAGCGAUCCCAAAUAGAAAUUUCGUGAGAAGUGUACCGCAUUUUUUCCAAAUUUUAGAUUCCCCAUUUCCCUAUCUCUGGAGAUAAACAGCGAGGUAAUUUUUUUUGGACAUAUGACUAGUUCCUAGAAUUGCAACAACCAACAUACCAACGGUACAUUUUUGCCAAAGACCAACAAGCCCUAUUUGCAACCAAAAAAUGGGAAUGUCUAGCGUUUUUCUACUGCCUAUUCUAUACCUAAAAAAAAUACCACAGACAGCGAACUAUUUUUAUUUAUUUUAUUAUGUAACUGUUCGAAAUCAACGACCAUUUUGUUUGUCAUCCUUCCACGCAUCACCUCGCCUGGGGUGGACAAGUGAUCAAUCACUGCUCACUAACCGAACCCAGACGAAUCCAAAACACUAUGUGGGAAGUACAAAUACUAUGUUUUUCAAGUUCGUCACUCAAGUGAGAAAAAGUGCCAUAGGAAUUCGAGCGGCGUUGAGACGCAGCUUUUUUUAAUUUUUAUUUUCUGUUCGAUCCGAAUCAGAACCCGUGUAAGUACCUAUAGCCAUCUCGGAUAUGCUUUCCCCGCUUAUUCCGAAAGGCCAUAUUAUGGAUUACGCUUGCCGCUCUACCAAGUUGCUUGCGGUUGUAGAAGAACCAGAACUAAUCGCUUGCUUAUUACAUUCUACAGUGUUUGUUUGGUUCACGUCUGGGAUCAUGCCCCCAUAAAUUACGUUCAGGUUCGAACACAAGCACAUCUGAGAACAAAACAUUCAAUGAGGCAAAUAAUCAAAGUUUGUUGAGUCUAGCAGAGAAAGAAGUAAAAUAAAAUAAAAAUGUUGCGACAGCGUUACAAAAUCGUAGAGGAAGCCUAUAUUUACCGAAAAACCAAAAUAUCAAGCAAGAAAAUAGGAAAGGUCGUGCUCAGUUAUAGCAUUAGUGAGUAAGAGACAAUCGCAUGUUAGUUUGCCUUUGGAAGAUCGGCCAGUUUGCGUGAGUUGCGUUUGGCUUACUGCUCUAGCUAGUUAAUUUGAUCAAUUCUUACCCCUCGCAUAGAUGUUUUCAAAAAAAAGUAAAGAAUGACCAAAACGAACUUCGCUUCGUAAAAAUUAUACUUUUCCAAUGCACACCUUAUGAUAGAUAAGGUUCUCUGUAAUGUUGAAGCUGUUUUUUGUUCUUUUUCUCUCAUUCCUCAACAGGCAGAAGUGCAUGUAAACCUCAAGCUUAUGAAACAUAACUUAAAAAUUAGGCUUCGCAGUGUCUUUUUUUCAUUUCGCCCGCUUGCAUUACUGAGACUAUAUUCUAUAUAUAUACACACUCGUACACAUAUAUUAAAGGAACACAUAUUACAUAUACAGUUUAGAACAUUAUCGUUAGACAAACAAAAUGGUAAUAGAAAAAAAAACACAAACGCAAGGCAAGUUAUAAUUAUCCUUAGCGAAACAAAUCAAAGGGCAAAUACUUUGAGAGAAAAAAUAAAAGAUAUUAUUGUCUAAA